CGUAACGUCUCCGCGUCCUCUCUGCGACACUACUGGCACGUUCUUAUCCGGCUGUUUUGGGACAGUACUGGCAGCUUGGUGACGUAAACUGGUCUUCCUUGUCUCUACCCUGCAAAAAGCCGGUACCAGCAGGAAGCGGGCUGGUGAUCGGCCUGGGAGGAAUCUUCCGCCAUCCGCCUAGGAGACCGGUGAGAACAGGUCUGUCACAAUGGCUAAAUUUCUGGCUCCUGUGAUAAAUGAUAACCCCCUGGGCUGGGGUCCCUGUGCUGUGCCUGAUCAAUUUAAAGACAUGCCUUACCAACCCUUCAGCAAAGCCGAUCGCCUGGGAAAGGUUGCAGACUGGACGGGGGCCACCUAUCAGGACAAGCGAUAUACCAAUAAGUAUUCUUCCCAGUUUGGUGGCGGCAGUCAGUAUGCAUAUUUCCACGAGGAGGAUGAGACAAGCUUCCAGCUGGUGGACACCACCAAGAUGCAAAAAACUGCUUACCAGAGGAAUAGGCUGCGCUUUGCCCAGAGGAAUCUGCGUCGUGAUAAAGACAGAAGGAAUAUGCUCCAGUUCAACAUGCAGACAUUACCGAAGAGUGCCAAGCAAAAGGAGAGGGAUCGUCUGAGACUCCAGAAAAAAUUCCAAAAGCAAUUUGGUGUACGUCAAAAGUGGGACCAAAAAUCUCAGACCCAGCUGAAACCGAGAGAUUCCUCUGUAGAGGUGCGCAGUGACUGGGAGGUAAAAGAAGAAAUGGAUUUCCCCCGGCUGAUGAAGAUGCGUUAUCUCGAGGUGUCUGACCCAGUAGACAUAGAGUGCUGUGGGAGCAUAGAAUAUUAUGACAAAGCUUUUGAUCGAAUCACCACAAGGAAUGAAAGACCAUUGAAAAGCAUUAAGAGGAUCUUCCACACUGUGACCACAACAGAUGACCCAGUUAUCCGAAAGCUGGCUAAGACCCAGGGCAAUGUUUUUGCCACUGAUGCAAUUCUUGCCACUCUCAUGUGCUGCACCCGUUCAGUCAACUCCUGGGACAUCGUAGUCCAAAGAGUGGGAUCCAAGAUUUUCUUUGAUAAGAGAGACAACUCUGAUUUUGAUCUGCUGACAGUCAGUGAAACAGCUAAUGAGCCCCCGCAGGAUGAGGUCAACUCCUUAAACUCUCCCAGAAAUCUGGCCAUGGAGGCUACAUACAUAAACCAUAACUUCUCCCAGCAAUGUCUACAAAUGGGCAAAGAAAAAUACAAAUUUCCCAACCCAAACCCCUUUAUAGAAGAUGAUGUGGACAAAAAUGAGGUGGCCUCUGUCGCUUAUAGGUACCGGCGGUGGAAACUUGGAGAUGACAUUGACUUGGUUGUGCGGUGUGAACAUGAUGGAGUGAUGACUGGUGCAAACGCAGAGGUGUCAUUUAUAAAUAUCAAGACCCUAAACGAGUGGGACUCCAGACACUGUAAUGGUGUGGACUGGAGGCAGAAGCUGGACUCCCAGAGGGGAGCUGUGAUCGCUACAGAGCUGAAGAACAACAGCUACAAAUUGGCCAGAUGGACUUGCUGUGCUUUGCUGGCUGGGUCAGAGUACCUUAAAUUGGGGUAUGUAUCCCGUUAUCAUGUGAAGGAUUCCUCGCGCCAUGUAGUCCUUGGCACUCAGCAGUUCAAGCCCAAUGAGUUUGCCAAUCAAAUUAAUCUGAGCAUGGAGAAUGCCUGGGGAAUCUUGCGCUGUGUGGUUGACAUCUGCAUGAAGCUGGAUGAAGGCAAAUACCUCAUCUUGAAGGACCCUAAUAAGCAAGUCAUUCGGGUAUACAGCCUGCCUGAUGGCACAUUUAGCUCUGAUGAGGAUGAGGACGAUGAUGAUGAGGAAGAGGAGGAGGAAGUGGAAGAGGAAGAGAGCGAAGUAGUACUAAGAUGUAUCUGAAUGAUCCCUCCUCAGUGUGACAUCACGUGCAGACCUUCAACAAGACCUAUAAUAGACAAAUAAAGAUUAUAUACAGACUUA